AUGUCCACUUUACAGCGGCGUAGGGUUAACAGGUCGGAUUCCAAUGAGGGGGAGACCGUGUCUGGUGGCAAGACUGCCGCCGCGCCGUCUGCGUCUAACGAUGCUGAGGAGUACGAGGAGACCAGUGGGCCGACCCGCAAAGUUGCUUAUGACCCGGAGGAGGCGAAGUUGAGAGACAAUUACACGGUCCCUAAAUUGACUCUCAUGGAGGAAGUGCUUUUGAUGGGGCUGCGGGACCGGGAGGGGUACCUGUCCUUCUGGAACGACAAUAUAUCGUACGCGCUGCGCGGGUGCAUAAUGAUUGAGCUGGCGCUGAGGAAGAAGAUCCGUAUUUUGGACGAUUCUGCGAGGAAGAGGUUUGAUAUUUCCGAGAGGCUCGUGGAAGUUGUGGACGGGUCAAAAACUGGGGAGGUGCUGUUGGACGAGACAUUGCAGCUGAUGAAGAACGACGAGCCGUUGACAAUCGCCAACUGGAUAGACCUGCUGAGUGGGGAGACGUGGAACCUGAUGAAAAUUAACUACCAACUGAAGCAGGUCAGGGAGCGGCUCGCGAAGGGGCUCGUGGACAAGGGGGUGCUGCGCACCGAGAUGAAGAACUUCUUUUUGUUCGAUAUGGCCACGCACCCAGUGACAGACUCCAGUUGCAAAGAGGCCAUCAAGAGAAGGAUACUUUCCACUGUCGUCUCGAGAAACAUGGAGCUGAGCUUUAACAGUUACUUUCCAGAGUCGACCUCCUUCAAAUAUAUCAGAACGGUCGCGCUCGUAUGCAGUACAUACGGUGCCAGCGUGCUCGAAAACGUCCUCUCGUCGCUCGAUUACGAACAGCGGGACCGUGCGGUCUCCAGAGCGGAGGAGCUCCUGGAGAAGUUCGGCCAGUACCCGUUCGACCUCGAAAAGCAGGGCGACAGCGGCAUAUCAUGCAACUUGAACAAAGAGGCCCAGCGGGAAGUAGACGAGUCGCCCAAUUCAGCACUUUACUUGGAGGUAGUCGCCGGUGUCAUCGAGGUAUUCUCGAGAAUGGACAUGCUGCUAUAG